GGAAGAAGAUGCUCCCUGGUCUUUUCUAUAUUGACCAAGUGUGAAAACUGACCAGGGGAAAAAAGACGUGAUUCAACUCGGAGCGGGGCCCGAGAAGUCCAGGCAAAAACACAGGGGGGACAGGGACUGCUAUAGACUAAAGACAAGCGGGACUGAACAUGGCAGAUGGAGUCUGCAAGACCGAAGAGGAUGAAGGACCAAGCACCGAGGAGGACUCGGAAUCUUUCCACGGUAUCGGCGUAUGUAAAUGGUUCAACGUGCGCAUGGGCUUUGGGUUUUUGUCCAUGACCAACCGAGAGGGGGUCCCGCUCGAGUCUCCGGUCGAUGUGUUCGUCCAUCAGAGUAAGCUGCACAUGGAGGGCUUCCGCAGCUUGAAGGAGGGCGAGGCGGUCGAGUUCACUUUCAAGAAGUCAGCCAAAGGCCUGGAGUCCCAGAGAGUCACUGGGCCGGAGGGCACACACUGUGUGGGCAGCGAGAGGAGACCCAAAGGCAAGAGCAUCCAGAAACGCCGCUCCAAAGGAGAUAGAUGCUACAACUGUGGAGGCCUGGACCACCAUGCCAAGGAGUGCAAGUUGCCACCCCAGCCUAAGAAGUGCCAUUUCUGCCAGAGCAUUGCCCACAUGGUCGCCAACUGCCCAAUCAAAGCACAGCAGUCCUCGCCACGUUCUCAGGGAAAGCCCUCCUCCUUGAAAGGAGACGAGGAGGAACACGGCCACUCGCCCCCGUCCCCCGUGAGCUCUGAUUGAACGAGGAGAUGCUGGGGGAAGCACAGAAGCCAAUCAAACUGCUUUACUGGAAAGAUGGCCGCUAAGUUUCCUUUCAACUAUAUAAGAUGCUUUUGGAACUACCUCAGGUUUUUGUAAACAAAACGAUCAUGAAGAAUGUACUGAAGUUAAUCUUCUUUGGUGUAACACUCACAAAUACAGCUGUAUUAUUAUCGCACUCAGGAAAUAUUUGUAAAAAUGUAUGGAACCGCUAAUGAGGGAUUUAAACUUGUAAUGGCACAUCACAUAUUACUUUGAUGUCUUUAUAGAAUAGAAAGUUGUUUAAUUUUUACAGAGCAUAUAAUGAGAAACCAUGCCAAUCACACUGGCAUGCUACUAUACCAAACUCACCAGGAAGCUUAAAAUCACAGUGUCAAGUAGAUAGCUAAACACUUUUGCUGCCUUACAACUUCUUGACUUUCCUGAUUGUUACACCCCACUAUAUCCGACAAAGAAAGAGUUGUGACACUACACCUCUGCAAAUGAAUGUUAGUCUCAUGGGUGGUAAUGAGUGGGUACAUAUGAACCGACAGGGUAUUGGGUAAUAGCUAGAGGCAAUGUAUUGGUGGCUGCCAAUAUUGUAAGUGACCAUCCAGAUGUCCUGGGGACAAAUGAAUGUCAAACCAAAUAGUAUGACUUCUAUGGCCAGCUUCUGGUUGUUGUUUUUGCGUCAUUUCUUUAUGUUGGGCCGGCACAAUGCUGUCUCUUAGGUACUCAGUCUCCCUCGUGGUACAUGUCUGAUCUGCUGCUGCUACAUUACAACCAGAGACUUAGACCCUACAGAUGUAGGAUCUUAAUUUGAUCACUCUUUUGUUGCUGAGAAUUUUCCAGCACAGCAGGAAAUGCAGCUUGUAGUGCAUUUAAGGAUUCUAAAGUUUGUAAUUUCCACUUGAAAAUGUCAGACUUCAUUUGCCCUAAAGAAAAAUGUAUCAACCCUUAUAAAAACAUGUCCAUUCAUUUUUAAUCCACAUAAUAAAUCACAUUUCCUGUUGCUGCAGGAUUAUUUUCCUGCAGUAGCAAACUGCCUUAAAUUAAGAUCUUACAUCUGUAUAAUCAAUUUGAUCAUCCUCUGCUUAGACUACAUGCAUCAGCAUUUGGAAUUGAGUCACUGACUCCAGUAAUCACACCAAUACCUAUGAAAUGUUUCAAACAUAAGUAAUUUACCAUGUAGAAAUCAGAUGCAAGAUUUGAAUGGAUUCUUGAGGUUGAUUCAGGAAUCUACAUAAUCAUGCUUGUCUCGUUUAUACUUGACAGUCAAAGCAGCAGCAGCAUCCAGCGUUAAAGUAGGAGCAACACAUUUUUUAGUCAGUGUCAUCAAUUGGGGCGGCAGGGUAGCCUAGUGGUUAGAGCGCUGGAAGGUUGCAAGUUCAAACCCCCGAGCUGACAAAUAUGUCGUUCUGCCCCUGAACAGGCAGUUAACCCACUGUUCCUAGGCCGUCAUAGAAAAUAAGAAUUUGUUCUUAACUGACUUGCCUAGUUAAAUAAAUUAAAAAUUAAAAUUACUAGAUGGGUUUUUCACCUAUUUAAGACAUUGUCUCCAAGCAGUUUGUGGGGAUUAUACAGGAACACCACAGUUGUAGUCACAAGGCACCAAAACGGACUGAAACAGGGAGGGACUACCAGAAUUUGCCCAAUAAGAAAUGCUUGUUUGUUUGUUGUGAAUCAUUUCUGCUACCGUGCACUAAUGAAUGUCGACCCAGCCCUGCAUGGAGGUGCAUUUAGAGCUAGCUAAGCCAUUCAGCCGUACUCCCGUUUUACAGGAGAAGCUGAAAGACAGACCUCCAACAUCCAAUUAAUAUAUAUUUAGAAUUAUUAUGGAGCCUUUUUAAAAUAGUCCUUGUUAUUUAUUUGUAUCUAAAUUGCGCUGCAGCUUCCCCUCAUAUUCAGGUUUAGGUCACUCUGUGAUAGCCUGGUCCCAGCUCUGUUUGUGAUGUCUUUCCAACUCCUAUUGUCAUUGUUACGCCAAACAAAUACAGAUCUAGGACCCGGUUAACUAUGAUGGGUUUUUCAUUACAUACCAGACAUCAGAUAUCUUAGCCACUCAUGUCUGCCUUUAUCUUGUUCAAUGCUGUUUGAGUUUAAAGGGACGUAACACCCAAAAUCUAAGUUUGUUAAAUACCUCAAAGGGGUCUUCUGUUGAGGUAAGUCCAUGUCCCAGGCAAGUUUUGUAUCCAGCUAUGCCAUAAUCCAAAAUGGAAUUGCAGUGCUUAUCUUUUCCAUUAAUUUGGGGUUGAGGCAUAUAGCGGGAUCUAUACCACCAAUGGCAAAGGAUGUGCAUUCAUUUUGAUAUAAGACAACUUUUGUGGUCUAAAAAUAUCGGGACAAAUUUGAUGACCUUUUUAAUAAUUAUUUUGUUCUUUACUUUGCCUUGUAUGAUUUACUGCUGCGCACAAUUAGCUUUCCAGCGAUGGGGGCGUGUUGUGAAUCUUCUCUUUUUUUUAAUCUAUGCCAAAACCAAUGUCACUCUGCACUAAUCAUGUAGGAGAUGCAUUAUUGUAUUCUAUUCAGUUAAAUCUUAUGAAUAUGUGUUCCAUAUUUUUACAUUUUGAUUUACACGAUACGUUUGUGUGUAGGUGGUGAACGAAACGUGUAUAUAUAACCUCCACUCAGGCUUGUCUCUCAGGAAUCACAAAUCUGAAAACUCAGGGAAUACUUCAGAUUUUUUUUCACAGGCUUGGAAGGGGCUAUGGAUGGGAUUGGGGUGCAAUGUUUCUCUAUAUUAGUUGUAUGUGUGCAGUGAAAGACAAGGGAGUGUUCUGGUGCCAAAUCAAAGUGCAUGACAAGAAAACGAUAGAGGACUCCUGGGUCCAGUUUUGAAUGUCUCGGCAUAACAGUAAAACUCUCUUUUUCUCUAAUCCGCACAAAAUGCUUUAAAAUGCCAGUUAAUCAUGAAGAAUAAAACAAAAUCUUAGUGUCCUUAAAACUAGUCUUAAAAUGCUUUGACAUGUGAGACUAUAUGAGUUGUUAUUACACACGAUAUUAUAUACUCAUACCGUGUCAACAUAUCUAAUACCACACCUGCUGAUGUUCUCUAUUAUUUUGCCCUACAUAAUAAUACGCCAUGAUAGGCCUGUAAUAUUCCUCUAGUAUUGUAUUUUACCCUCUAUGCUUGUUGAUGGGGGAAUUUAGGAGAAUAUUGUUACCAUGUUAAGGGAUUGGGUUAGUAGCAUUAUACACAUUGGGGUUGUCUCGUCUCAGUACGUGGCUCAAGCAUGUUAUUUCAGACUAUCAAUGACUAAUGUGACGAUCCCCGAUUGUUGUUAUUGGGUGAUGGGAUACAUUAUUUUCCGAGUCACACUGUUUAAGUUAAGUGGUACAUGUUUUAACUCAGGAUUUUGUGGUGAAAGCACACGUCCAUUGAUUCAGUCAUGUGGGACUAUAGCGCACAGAACAUCUGUGUAUAAUAAGAGUCGAGUUUUUUUAAAUGAACAUUUGUACUUGCCGGGUUUAGAAAAUGUUGCAGUGCGAAUGUCAAUGAAUGCUGAUUGCCACGGAUGAGCUACACGUAUACCCUUCCCAUUAAAAAGAGACACACCCACGUGUAUUUUUGCUCAUCUCUGGUUAGUGAGCCCUCGGAUGAUUCAAUUACAUCAGAGUUGUUUCACAAUGUACCACUCUUUACGACCUCUCAAAUUCUCCACUGUGGACUGAUGAAAAGUAAUAUUACUCAUUUCUGCAGAGGACAUUGCUUAGAUCAUAACACUGUUUCACUGUUCUGGACUAGUAGAAAUAAGCAAUGCGAGUGCCAAACUGAAUGAAUAUAAUGUAAACAAAACUAUGUUGUACCUCAAUAACUACAUCAGCUAAAUUGGUAUCUUGUAUGGCACAGCUAAAGUUUUUUUUAACCAUGUGUGUUUGAGCAAAACUGUUUUUACCUCAACCUAUUUUGACUCCCCAUUGAUGUAUUGUCACAUUGUGAUUUGAUUGUUGGUUGUUAGAUGGGUUAGAUGUAUCUUAAAAGGCAAAGUACUGAGUAUAUUAUUAUGUCCUCAGGGUUACAUGGAAACCACAGAAAACAUAUAGGCUACUGCAUACACAAGUGAACCCUUGUGUCAUGUUUAUGCUUUUUGUGCCAUUACAUCAUUUGUGAUCAUAGGCCAUUUGAUGCAGCGGUGUGGUAUCUAUGGGGGAUGUUGCCUGUCAUUUCCGAAGAAUGUGCAUUUAUUAUAAUGUGGAAUGUAUCAAUGUUUACUGCCAUAAACCUUUGGCUCUUGGACCAUAUAAUCUUAUGCUCGGGUAUUUCAAGCACCUCAGGAAACUGGGGUGAUUGGUUGGAUUUGUUAUUCACUUCCUCAAUUCGUUAAAUGGCGUGAAGCAUGCAUUCCAAAAAAAACUGACUUAACAGUUUACU